CUGGAGAAUAAUAAGCGAUAGUCAACGAUGAUGAUGAAUUGAUCAUAUCAGAGCAGCGAGAUUUUCCGCCUUGAUUGGCAGGGCGCAUCAUGAUUGCACUUGCCAGUGGCAGCGGCUUCGGAGGAUGAACAUACCAUCCAAUCAGACGUUGCUUACAUACGACAGUUGUCUCAACGAUUUUUUGUGGCCGAACUUCAUCUGGCGAACUCGGAGGCGAAAAGAAGAGAAAGUAUAAUACACUUGGACAAUACAACUAAUAGAAUCUGAGGUUGAUUUUACAAACAUAUUGCUCAGCCGGACACGCUAUUUAAAAUCGACUUCAAUCACUUCAUAGGCGCCUCAAUGCCAGUUACAGUUGGCGUGUUGGCGCUCCAAGGCGCAUUCCUGGAGCAUUUGAUUCUACUGAAGCGGGCCGCAGAUUACCUGCAGCAGCAUGAGGGAGUCAAAGAAUCUUUUAAUUUCAUCGAAGUCAGAAAUGCAGAACAAUUGGCUCGGUGCGAUGCCUUGAUUAUUCCAGGCGGAGAGAGUACAACUAUCUCCUUUGUCGCUGCUCAGUCAGGCCUGCUGGAACCUCUGCGAGAAUUUGUCAAAGUUUCUCGCAAGCCCACCUGGGGGACCUGCGCUGGUUUGAUCUUGCUUGCCGAAGCAGCAAAUGCCACCAAGCAAGGAGGACAGGAACUGAUCGGUGGUCUGGAUGUGCGUGUCAAUCGCAAUCAUUUUGGCAGGCAGAUCGAAAGUUUUCAGGCCGACUUGGAUCUCCCAUUCUUGAAGAGUGAAGGAUCAAUGUCUCAAGAGCCCUUCCCCGGUAUCUUUAUACGCGCGCCAGUGGUUGAGAAGAUCCUGCCCAAUGUCGACGGCAUCCAGGACGGAGAGAAACAAGUCGCCGAAACCGUAGUUGCGCCCGCGAAAGCGGCCAAAGAUGAUCAUGCCAAAGCGGCCAUGAGUUCCCAUGUGGACGUAAUGGGGUCGCUGCCAGGUCGACUGAAGAAAGCCGAGGCUAUGGGGGCUGAUGUUCAUGCUGGAGAAGAGGUUGGCGAUAUAAUCGCAGUCAGGCAGGGCAACGUCUUUGGAACGAGCUUUCACCCUGAGUUGACCUCAGACAUUCGGAUACAUGUUUGGUGGUUGAGGCAGGUCCUGAACAGCCUAGGAAAAUAAGCUGAGGCUCGGCACUGAAUUACAACCAAGAGGCACAGCGUCGCAUGGAAUGGGGGUUGAUGCAUAGCCGGUCGUAUAUUUCGUCGAUUGCAUGUAAUUGAGCGUUCAUCGUCCAGCUCCGUAUUCUUCUUCCUCCUUGAGUCGCUCCGCAGCAAUUGCCCGACCAUAGCCUCCUCGUCCAGGGUCGAAUUCAUCUCGGUACUCGUCUCGUACCUGUCCGCCAGAUUUUCCGCGGCCGUAUUGUCUUCCUUCUUGGAAUCCGACAUCGAGAUCCG